AUGGCGGAUCGCAAGAAGAAGGGCAGAUAUGCGGGCGCUGCGUACGAGUUCGGAGCCAACGCUGGACUGAACGCUGGCGGUGCGCCUCCCCCUCAGCCAGCUGUCCCCAGCUAUGGUGCUGCUGCGCCUGGCUAUGGCGCCCCAGCUCAGGGCUACGGCGCUCCAGCACAAGGAUACGGUCAGCCAGCACAGGGCUACGGCGCCCAGCCCGCAUAUGGCCAGCCCCCAGCCCAGGACCCCAACGCGCUGGGCCAGCAGUUUGGACAAAUGAACCUGGGCCCGCAGCAGGGACAGGCAGCACCGCAACAGCAGCAGCAAGCUACUGCCGCUUCGCAGAACCAAUUGUUCCCCUCGGACCUGAUCGCCCAGCCCUUCCACGUCUCCGAGCUGUACAACCCCCCGCCGCCCAUCAACCUCCCCGCCAACGCCGCCGCAACGCCCUCCGAAUUCGCAAACGAGUCGAGCAAGUACCUGCGCUGUACUCUGAACACCAUCCCGACCAAUAACUCGCUGCUGAAGAAGAGUAAGCUGCCGUUUGCGCUGGUCAUCAGCCCGUACGCCAGCUUGCACGAUUCGGAGGACCCUGUGCCGGUCGUCCACGACCAGGUCAUCAGUCGCUGCCGACGAUGCCGAGCAUACAUCAACCCCUUCGUUUCGUUCCUCGAUCACGGACACAGGUGGAGGUGCAACAUGUGCAACCUGACCAACGACGUUCCCCAGGCCUUCGACUGGGAUGCAGCACAACAAAAGAGCGUUGACAGGUGGCAGCGCCCUGAGCUCAACUACGCCGUUACCGAAUUCGUCGCGCCGCAGGAAUACAUGGUCCGACCUCCACAGCCGCUGUGCUACUACAUCCUUCUGGACUGCACACAAGCAUCGGUGAACAGCGGUCUCCUUGCUGUUAUCUCGCGUGUCAUCAAGGAGGCAUUGGAGAGGAUACCGAAUGCAGACGGCAGGACGCGUAUCGGUUUCAUGGCUGUCGACUCUAGUCUGCAUUUCUUCUCUAUCCCACCGGAUGGCAGUGAGAGCAACGACGCUCACCAGCUUGUUGUUUCUGAUUUAGACGAGCCGUAUCUUCCCAUGCCUACAGAUCUGCUCGUCAGCCUGAGCCAGUGCCGCAACAACAUCGAGAACUUCCUCGACCGCCUUCCCGCCAUGUUCCAAAACACACACGUCCCCGGCUUCGCGCUUGGCUCUGCUCUUCGAUCUGCGCACAAGCUGAUCUCUCCUCUUGGUGGAAAGAUCACCGUUGUUGGCGCCUCGCUUCCUAACGUUGGACACGCUGCGCUGACUCCGAGAGAAGACAAGUCCUUGUUGGGCACAGGGAAGGAAGGCAGUUUGUUGCAACCAGCUAACAACUGGUAUAAGUCGUUUGCCGUAGAAUGCUCUAAGAACCAGGUCUCGGUCGAUAUGUUCUUGUUUUCGUCCCAAUACCAGGACGUCGCGACACUCAGCAACCUGCCCCGAUUCACAGCAGGUCAAACAUACUUUUACCCUGGAUGGAAUGCUGCCAGGCAAGAAGACGUCGUAAAGAUUGCCAAGGAAUUUUCUGAUUACUUAUCUGCUGAGAUUGGUCUGGAGGCUGUUCUUCGAGUACGCGCCACGACCGGAUUGAGGAUGUCUGCCUUCUACGGAAACUUCUUCAACCGUUCUUCGGACCUUUGCGCUUUCCCCGCAUACCCAAGGGAUCAGGCUGUUGUGAUUGAGGUUGCGAUCGACGAGACGAUCAGCAAGCCUUUUGCUUGUCUCCAGGCUGCCGUUCUUCACACGACAUCGAGUGGUCAGCGCCGUAUCAGGGUUCUCACACUCGCAGUGCCCACAACAGAAAACCUCGCGAAUGUGUACGCCUCAGCCGACGCUCAGGCCAUCACUACUUACUUCACCCACAAGGCUGCGGAGCGUGCUCUGUCAAGUGGACUGGAUGCGGCUCGCGAUGCUCUGCAGGGCAAGAUCAUUGAGAUUCUGCAGACAUACAGAAAAGAGUUGGCCGGUGGUAGCAUGGGAGGUGGUGGCCUUCAGCUGCCGCAAAAUUUGCGUGCUCUGCCAAUUCUGUUCCUGGGUCUGAUCAAGAACGUUGGUCUCCGCAAGAGUGCACAAAUUCCCUCCGAUCUCCGCUCGGCUGCGCUCGACCUCCUGUCGACAUUGCCCCUGCGCCUACUUGUUCAGUACAUCUACCCGGCUUUCUACAGUCUUCACGACAUGCCUGAUGACGCUGGUAUUCCUGACCCCACCACUGGCCAGAUCACAAUGCCUCCUCUGAUGAACCUCUCGUCACAGUCUAUUGUCCCGUACGGCUUGUAUCUGCUUGAUGACGGUGUCAACCAGUUCCUGUGGAUCGGCCGCGACACUGUCCCAGCCCUACUUGGCGAUGUCUUCGGUGUUGAGGACCGCACCCAGCUGAAGCAGGGCAAAGCGUCCCUGCCAGCCAUCGAUAAUGACUUCUCCGAACGUGUGCGAGCAGUCGUCGAGAAGUCGGGUGAUCACAAGAGCAAGGGUGUUGGAAGCAUUGUCCAACCUUCAUUGUAUAUCAUUAAGGAAGAUGGUGAGCCGAGCUUGAAGCUCUGGGCACAGACAUUACUGGUCGAGGACCGGGCAGACCAGGGCGAGAGCAUUAUCCAGUGGAUAAGCAAGCUACGAGAGAAGGUUGUUCAGUAG